AUGGCUCAUGGCAACCCAGUGCCCAAGUUCUACAAAUCGGUCAUUGAUGAUGUGAUCGAUUGCGUCCGGGAUGUGUUCGUGGAAGAAGGCGUAGAUGAUCAGGUCCUGAAAGAGCUGAAGCGGCGCUGGGAAACAAAAGUGAUGCAGUCUAAAGCGACGGAAGGAUUCUUCCGACACAGUCACAUUUCGCCCCCGUUCACGUUGCAUCUGCCACCCAGCUUCAACCCAGCUCUGCAGGCAUCAACAGGUCGCCGUUCUGUCCCCCAUUCAUCCCUUGGUUGGCUCACUUCUAGACCUGCAGGUGCGAUCCUUACCCUGCCCUCAGGCCUCGCCUAUCCUAUCCAAAUACCUGCUGGGGUGACGCUGCAGACAGCCUCUGGACACCUGUAUAAGGUCAACAUGCCAGUUGUGGUUGCCCAGACCUCAGGAGGUGGAACGGUCCUCCAGAAUCCAGUUCCACACAUGUUUCAGCCGGUGGGCCAGCCGCUCUUAGUGCCACCCUCUACCAUGCAAGCAAAUUCCUCAUCUCUUCGAGCACCCAGAAGUGAGAGCCUGCAGGCACCCAAGAGUGCGGCCCCUGAGCCAGUGGAGAUGGAAGAGAAGCCCUUGCCCAGGAGUGCUGUCAUGCAGGAGGCCGUUGGGAGCCAGGGGAAACCUGCAAUGGGGGCCCUGGUAAACCAGAAAACAUCUGGUUCCCCGGUGACUCCCCAGAGUGCUGAUGUCCAGGAGGCUGUUCCUGCCCCAAAGCUGACUGAAGCAGACUGCUCUGCAGUGCCCACAGAAGUCCUGGCAGGCAGCUUGUCCAUGGGGGGAGACUUGCCUGUGAGCCUUGAGCAGUCCCUGGACCCUGAUGAUAUAAUCGAGCUGAUAAUUAUGGGCAACGAGUUGAACGACAGUGGCCUCCUGCCUGGUGUCCCCAACCUGCCCUUCUCCGAAGAGCUAGAUACCAGUGUGCAGAUCAAGUCUGAUCUGCACUCGCCGGAUAUGGCCAAUGACCUCGAGCAGAUCAUUCAGCUCGAUGGAACGAGUGAUGUGUCUUCCAAGGCCGAGACGGAAAGUCCAAGAGGUGGGGAUGACGAGGAGCUCGUUGGAAUCAUCGAUGCCGACGAUCUGAAAGUCUUAGAUGAGGAGCAGGAGGAGGAAGACGGUGAGGACAGCACCUCGGACAAUCAGUCCCUGAGCAGCACUGGCGACACUGAUGACCCCACGGUGGACAUCACAGAGGAGGACCCUUUAAAUUCUGGUGAUGAUGUCAGUGAGCAGGAGACCCCCGAUGUGUUUGACACUGAUAAUAUCAUCGUGUGCCAGUAUGACAAGGUUCAGAGAAGUAAGAACAGAUGGAAGUUCUACCUGAAGGAUGGCGUGAUGUGCUUUGCAGGAAAGGACUAUGUUUUUUCCAAAGCCAUUGGAGAUGCGGAAUGGUGA